AUGUUGUUUACACCAAUCCGAGCAGGCUUGGCCUCGCUUCUUGCGCUGGCAAGCUGUGCAGUAGCACAAAAUGUCAAAGCCAUUUACCUUUUCAAAGAUGUCAUGCAAUCCAAUACCGAAGCUCUGAAGACAUCGGGCUUCGAUACUGUCCUCCUUUUCCGCAUAGGCAUCCUGCCAAAUGCCGAUCUGGUCUACUACUCGACCGGCAGCGAUGGCAAUCCCGUCGACUGGCCCGUAGUAACCAACGGAAGCUACGUCGGCGGCCAGGCCCUCACCGAUAAGAUAAUCUACCUCAAGACGGCCCCGACAUUGAUCGAGCGCGUCGAAGUAUCCCUGGUCUCGCACGAUACCACGUUCCAGGAGAUACGCGACCUCAUCGCCGCGGACGGCACCGGGGCCUCGACACCGCUGUACCGCGCAUUCGACGUACUCAAGCAGACAUGGGAGCUGGACGGCUUCAACAACGACGACGAGGGCGUCUACGACGUGUCCAGCACCGUCGAAUUUGCGAAGAUGCUGGGUCUUAUGGGUUACAAGUACUCGACCGCGCCGUACACAAACAUGAACUUCUGGGCCGACGUGCAGAACCGCAUCAACGCCGCCGUGCCGGGUCUGCUGGACCGCCACUACCUACAGGUGUAUGACGGAGGUGCGGCCAACAACCCGGGAACCUGGCAGACAGGGCUCGGCAUGAAAGUCGUGCCGCUGCUGUGGGUCAACAAUGACUACAAGCCCGACCAGGGGAACACUCCGGCCCAGGCACAAGCCAGAUUCGCCGAUUGGAACCAGCAGUACAACCUAGCGGGUGGCGGAUACUGGAACGACUUCGACCUUGAGAAACUCAACUCGUCGUAUGCGGCAUAUGGCAACGCGCUGACGAGCGUGUUUGGGCAGUAA